AUGGCCGCGCAGAUCGCAGACGCCGGCGUGGCCUUGAGCCGCAACGAGGCCACACCGGCGAUGUCGAAGCUGGAGACCACGCGCUUGGCGCUCGCGCAGCAGCAGAAGAAGCGCAUCGACGCGGCGGUCGCGCGGGUCACGAGCAAGCGCGAGGGCAGCAAGCGGAAAGGACUGGGCGAGCGCGGGGCCGACGCGGGGCACCGCAGCAAGAAGCUCAAGACCGUCGUGGACGUGACGAGCGCUCGCGCGGCCGACCGGAAGCAGAGCUCGUUGGCGCGGCGGAUGGUCGACCGCUUUGCGGCACUGCCUGAGCCCGAGCCCGAAGACGCGGCGGCGCCGGACGGCCAGGAGCCAGUCACGCGGUCGGUGGCACGUGUACAUCAGUUUGUGACGUCUCCGAAGGCCGACGCGGCGGAUGCGAAUCAAGUGGCCGACACGCGACUCCAGGCGACGCAACACGUGACAGCGUCUGUAGAGACGACUACAGUGGCGGUGACGGUGACGGGAAAAAAGACUGUGCAAGUGGAGACAAAAGAAGAAGAGCAAGAGGGGGAGGAGGAGGAGGAGGAGGAAGAAGAAGAAGAGACUGCCGCAGUUGAAGAAGAAGAGGACGAAGCAGAAGAAGCGCAAAAAAGUGCGUGGGAUGGACCCACUUCGAAUUUCCACGUCAAGCAGCUGGGCCUGGACGACAACGUCGACAUUUACGCUCCCAUUGCACAGCAACAAAAAGACGUGCAGCGCGUGCGCGAGCGUGUCAAGUACAUGCCAAGGGUCAAGCACGUCAAGUUGCACGCGACGCCGACCGAUUCGGAGGCAGACUUGGACUUUGCGCCCAACGGAGUUUGCCGUCAAGACUCUGAUGCUGCGUCUGCGUCGGAAGCUACCGACAGCGAGUCGCAAGCCACUGUGGACGAGACCGAGCAGUUUGCGCACGAGACAGCGGUUCCAGCAGCUGCAGUGCACCGGACAUGGAGGCAGCGGGUGUUUGUCUUCACACCGCUCUUCAUCGUGGCCACUAGUGUGCUAGUGUUUGCGCUGCUCUUUGCGAUUGACUGGUCACAAGAGACUCUUCAGUUCUGCGCGAUGGACGCAGAGAGUGCAGCAGCAGAUCCUGAAGCGGUCUUUUCGUGCGCUUCGUUCGUGGAAACGCAGUCACUGAUCAAACGUGUCAUGCGGGAGACUGCCGACAAGGUGCAACAGACGGUGCAGGUGUAUCUCGGUUAA